AUGUCGGCUCCGGACCUGAGUCUCCAGGAUGUGCUGGACCUGCAGGUGAUACCAUGGGUAGCCAUGGGAGAUAUGGCAGAGCUCUAUGAUGGCUUCUCCGACCCAGGGUUUCAGGAGGCUUUAGCAGAACUAGAGGCCAUCCAUGGCAAAGCCUACCGGAACUACACUGAUGACCACACGAAGCUAUUCCUGACGGUGCAGAACAAGGUUUUACCUCGCUAUGGCUUCGAGACGGGUCAGGCAGGAGUGUUGCAGAUGCUUUCGGUGGGAGCAAAAUACAAUGACAAUGAAGAAUUCUGUAGCAACCGAGCGUUGCUCAAUGAGCUUAUUGGUAUGGCACCAGCCAUUGGAGAGGUCCCAGCACCCGAGAAGAAGGCAGCCCCACGGCCGUAUUCCCAGCAGUUGUUGAUCACAGAAAGCUUGCGGUGGGCACCAACUUUAACGACCAGGUGCACGAAGUGCUGCUGUCCUGAGGGGUGGAUGAUGCGAGAAGCGAAGAUGUAA